AAAUAUGUCAACAAAAACAUUCACAGAAGAUCCACCUACAUUUUGAGCAAUUUUUUGCAAUUUUCGCUAGGUAAAUCAUUUUAAAAGUGCUUUUAUGUGGCCUAUAAGAAUAUCGCAGUUCCAGUAGCAUCCGAAGCUAGUGCUGGUUGGAGAUUUUAUUGUCGCCCGGCUCCGUAAGAAUCCUCGGAAAUGGCAGCCGGUAUCAAGUACAUCAUCCAGAAGGAAAUUUUCGAUGCCCUCGAAGAACGGAUUCUAUCGGUGUGCAAUGUGAGCAAGCUGCUGAAGAAAAAAAAGACGUCCUAUCUGUGCGUGAUCUCAAGCACCAAACCGCGGAUGGUGAUUUCGGUCUGCCAGGUCAAACAGUACGACAAGGGAAUAUGGAAGAAGAAACGAACGUGGGCACUGGAGGAGGUGAAGGGAGUGGAUGGACGCAAUGAGUCACCCGAGACGCAUGAAUUCGAUCUGUGCCUGGAGAAGGUGUACCGUUGGUUUGCGGCGAACCUGCACGAGCGACAGAACUUUAUCACGGUGCUGUGGAAGCAGCUGCAGAAACAUGUCCUGGCCGAGGAGCGGCCGGUGUUCAAGAAUGUUCCGAGAGCAUGGCUGACGGAGCGUUCGCCGGAAAAGGCUGUGGCGGAUGGAAAGUUUGCAACGAUGGGUACCCAGGGAGCAGCAGAUGAAGACGAUGAUGAGCUGGACGAUAUGGUGGAGAGUGAGGAUUUUCACGCGUUGACCGAGAAGGAGGAGACCAAUUUAAGCAAACUGAUCGGGGAGUGCGAUUAUGCAAUUAGUAAUGCGGAACAGUUUAUGGAACAGCUAGGCAAGAAUCUGCAAGAGUUGGAUGGGGCGAAUAUUCAGAGUGUGCUGGCGUCGGAGAAACAGGUAGAUGCCCUGAUGGAUCAAAUCGAAGCAGCCAUCUCGGAGGCGGAGAAAGUGGAGAAACGGUUGGACGACUACGAUGAGAUCCUGUGCCACAUUCGAGAUACCAUGGAAAAGAUGGGGGAGAAGAACCAGAUGAUCGAAAUUGCCAACACGAACAAUGUGAAAUUGCUACAGGAGCUGGAGAAGGUUGUCUUCCAGUUAGAUCUCCCGCACGUGCAUCAAUUGGCGCUAUCGGAUACGGAUCUGACGCCGAAGGGACUACCGGCGGCCAUCGCAGCCGGUAAAGCGUUGCAAACUGCAAUGAACAGUGAUAUCGAUCCGGCCUUGCUGCGAUUGACGGCGGUUCAAGAUCAACGAAAACGGUUUGAAAAGUGGAAAGCUAAAUUCUCACAAACAGUUAGUCGGCAUCUGAACAAUUUAUUUAUACAUUUGGGUAAUUUAGGCGAUUCGCAAGGUCAGCACUCGAGUGAUCUAACGCUGCCGAAACACAAUUCCGUACAUAAGGAGCUGUCGGCGUACGCGGAGCUGAUGCAUUGGAUGAAAGCUAUGGAUCGCAAGGCUUAUGAUGGGCUGAUCAAAGUGUACACUAGUUCGUUAAGUAAAGUGUACGAUCGAGAUAUAAGAUUGUUCUUCGAGGCGGCUAAGCAGUCAAUUUCGGGGCGAAGAUUCGGAUCGCGGGAAGAUUUGAACUCUAGUUCCAUGAGCAAUAAGCUGAAACUAGGUCAGCAGAGUAGCAAACAACCGACUCAACCGUACGGGAUUCUGGGCGUGAAUAGGGAGCUUUGGAGUGCUGGAGCCGAGCCGGCAGAGAGGCAGAAGUUUGAUUCGAUUCUGGAGAAGGUGCUAGCCGAGCUGGAACCGGUUGCGCUCAGUGAGCAGCAUUUUUGUAUAGCGUUCUUCCAACUGGACGUGAUAAGUCCCACCGGUAAGAACACUCAGACGACGCUGGAUAUGACGGCUGCUUUGCAUGACAAAGAGCGAGAUGAGCGAGACACGGCGGUCCUCAUUCCCCAGAAGCGGUUAGACAGGCAGAUUAACGAAGACGUACGGCGGAUGAUGGGGGAGUUAUUCAGCAAUUUGGAACACGAACUCAACAGUUUUAUCCUGAGUUUUGAGAAGUUGGAUAGCUACUAUUCUCUCUACGUCCUGGUUCGUUUGACGCAGCACGUUAUGUCUGCCCAGGAUGCGCAGUCGUUCCUCAGCAUGACGUUUGCUUCGGCGCUGAUUCACGUCAAGCGAAAUUUUGACAAAUUCAUGAACCUACAGUUGCAGUCCAUUCAGGAGGCCAAAGUUCCGAAGCGAUCCAAAUGCGGGCUGCUUCCGUAUGUGGAUAAUUUUGAGGAAUUUGCCGUGACGGCUGAGGCCAUUUUCAAAAAAACCGAGCGAAGGAACGACCUGGACAAGUGGUAUCUCAAGCUGGUGGAAGCGAUCUUUGAAUACAUCCCGGUGAACGCGAUCGACCAUCCCAAGACACCGCACCAGGUGGUGAAGAUGGAAAACUAUCACCGGAUGCACUCGUUACUGUCGCAGUUGAAGGUUGGGGUGUUAGAACAGCUUAAGAAGGAUGCAAAGGUGCGGUACAAUGAUGCCCUGAAGGCGUACGUAACAAAGUACUUUGGUCGACCACUGGAGAAACUGAACCAAUUCUUCGAGGGAGUUCAGCAGAAGGUUCAACAGGGGGUCAAGGAAACCGAAAUCAGUUACCAGAUGGCCUACUCGAAGCAGGAACUGCGAAAAGUGAUCUCCCAAUAUCCGGCACGGGAAGUGAAGAAGGGCUUAGAGCAACUGUACAAGAAGGUGGAGAAACACCUCUGCGAGGAAGAGAACCUCCUGCAGGUCGUUUGGCGUGCAAUGCAGGAGGAAUUCAUUACUCAGUACAACUCGCUGGAACUAUGGAUUCAGCGCUGCUAUGCCGGGGCGAUGAUAACCCUAGAGUUCACCAUCAAAGACAUUCUGGACUUUUUCUCCGAGAUUGCAAGAUCGCAUUAGAGUCGGGCCUAAGAUCGAGGCACAUCUUCCGAUACCAAUACCAAAAAUGAACUUUGUUGUCGUUGUUUAGCAAAGCUCUACCCUUGGUUUCGGAUUUUACGUUUUGGUAAUUUAUGUUUUGCAGUUAAUGAAAACGAAUGUGUCUGCAACGAACUUGUAUGGUAUAAAGAAAAUUCUAUUCCAAAUUUACAUAUGACUUAUCAGGCUAAGUUAACAACUAAGUUAUAAGCAAAAUCUAUUUCCUUUGUUGCACCCUACUAUUAGACAGUACUCUCAUAGUUAUAUUUACACGUUCUUUUAGGACCUAGUGCAAACGAAGUCGUUGUAAGUAAU